CACCAUUUCAGCUUCUUACUUGGGUGAUUAAACUUGUGGGUUUUGUUUGGAGUCAUGGAAAGAAGAAGGAUUUGCAUUAUUUUUCUCUGUUUCACCAUUGCUACUGCCUUUUCUUUAACCAUUUGUGAUGCAAGGAAGAAAACGGGUUCAUUCAAAGUUGUAAAACACCCAAGAAGAAGUUCAAUAAUCAAGACCACAAAGAAGUUGAAGGUGAUGAGCUCUCUAUAUUCACUAUUAGGCACCAAUGCAUUGAUGGAUUCAUCAUCAUCCAAUACUCAACCUUAUGUUGGCUCACCAUUUAAUUUGCCACCUUAUGAUUCACUAGGCCCAAUUUCUUUGCCCCAAAAUGCCCCUCCAUAUUGUAUUUAUCCCCCAUCAACUCCACAAUCUCCAUCUACAACAGUCCCAACUCCAAUUACAUUAUUGCCACCACCAGCAACUUCAUCAUCUUAUAUCCCUCCAAGCCCAUGUGUCGCAGUCCCGAGCCCACCCAAAACUUUUCUGAGCCCUCCAAGCAGUGUUCCCAACCGACCAGAAUCUUAUGUGAGCCCACCUUAUAUUGAGCCCAGCCCACCAAGUUUUACACCUGGCCCACCCACUAACAUUCCGUCUCCUAUGGGCUUUGUGCCAAGCCCGCCUGUUUUUGAGCCACCGAUUGUGUUCCCUCCACCCGCGGUGCCACCACCUCGAAACACGGCCCCAACCUCGGCCCUUUGGUGCGUCGCCAAGCCCUCGGUGCCCGACCCGAUUAUUCAAGAAGCGAUGAACUAUGCUUGUGGGACGGGAGCAGACUGCGAUUCGAUCAAGCCCAGUGGGUCUUGCUUCGAGCCCAAUACAUUGUUUGCCCAUGCAUCAUUUGCUUUCAAUAGUUAUUGGCAAAAGACCAAGGUAGGUGGAGGCACAUGUGAGUUUGGAGGAACAGGCAUGCUAGUAACUCUUGACCCAAGCUAUGAUGGGUGCCAUUUUGAAUACUAUUAAAGUUAUGGAAGACAAUCGAGAAUCUUUUUGGAGCAUACAAGAUAAUAAAAAAAUUGUAGAAAACAGAUCUCCCUAUCUCUCACACACAUAAGUAUUGUUCAGAUAAUUUUUUUUGUAAGUAAUUAUGUGUAUAUAUAUAUAUAUACACCUAUAUAUUUCUUAGGUGGGUCCAAUCUGAAUUCAGGUUUACAAGUGUUUUUUUGGGAAGUUAUUAUUGUCA